ACAUCAUAGCCACCACUUAUCCCACUCUCUACUUCAACUGCAUCCCAAGUAGCCAUAUGUGGGAAGCCUUACCAACUAUGAUACUGCUGUGUGGCCCUAAUUACUAACUACUUACCAUAUCCUGGAUUUUUAUUGCCAUAAGAUCAAAUUCAAGAAGAACACACAUGGGAAGUGAUUUAAAUCAUGGGAUCGAAAUUGAGCAAGAAGAGAACUGAAGACCUUCAAAGGCUUGAGUUUGAAGAAACCGAAGAACCUGAUUUCACUGCCUUAUGUCAGAAAUUAAAGAUACCGGAUCAUGUCAGAGAAAGAGCUUGGUUAACUUGGGAGAAAGUUUCAUCUGUGGAUGGAGUAUUGGAAGGUUAUAUUCAAAAGAAAAAAGAACUGUGGGGAAUCUGUAUCUUUAUUGCAGCAGUUGACCUAGAUGAGAUGCCAUUCACUUUCACUGAGCUGCAGAAAAACAUAGAAACAAGUGUCUAUAAAUUCUUUGACUUACUAAAAGAAAUUGAUACCAGUACGAAAGUUGAUAAUGCUGUGUCAAGACUGUUGAAGAAGUAUGAUGUAUUGUGUGCACUCUACAGUAAAUUAGAAAGGACAUGUGAACGUAUCUAUUUGACACAACCCAGCAGUUCGGUAUCUACUGAAGUAAGUUCUGUGUUGGUGCUGAAAGUUUCUUGGAUCACAUUUUUACUAGCUAAAGGAGAAGUAUUACAAAUGGAAGAUGAUCUGGUGAUCUCAUUUCAGUUAAUGCUAUGUGUGCUUGACUAUUUUAUCAAACUCUCACCUCCUGCACUGCUCAAAGAACCAUAUAAAACAGCAAUAAUACCCAUUAAUGGUUCACCUCGAACACCUAGACGAGGUCAGAACAGGAGUGCACGGAUAGCAAAACAACUAGAAAACGAUACAAGAAUUAUUGAAGUUCUCUGUAAAGAACAUGAAUGUAAUAUAGAUGAGGUGAAAAAUGUUUAUUUCAAAAAUUUUAUACCCUUUAUGAAUUCUCUUGGAAUUGUAGCUUCUAAUGGACUUCCAGAGGUUGAAAGUCUUUCUAAGCGAUAUGAGGAAAUUUACCUUAAAAACAAAGAUCUGGAUGCAAGAUUAUUUUUGGAUCAUGAUAAAACUCUUCAGACUGAUCCUAUAGACAGUUUUGACACACAAAGAACACCACGAAAAAGUAACCCUGAUGAAGAGGUGAAUGUGAUUCCUCCACAUACUCCAGUUCGGACCGUUAUGAAUACUAUCCAACAAUUAAUGAUGAUUUUAAAUUCAGCAAGUGAUCAGCCAUCAGAAAAUUUGAUUUCCUAUUUCAAUAACUGCACGGUGAAUCCAAAAGAAAAUAUUCUGAAAAGAGUGAAAGAUAUUGGACACAUCUUUAAAGAGAAAUUUGCUAAAGCUGUGGGACAGGGAUGUGUUGAAAUUGGAUCACAGCGAUAUAAACUUGGAGUGCGAUUAUACUACCGAGUAAUGGAAUCCAUGCUUAAAUCUGAAGAAGAACGACUCUCCAUUCAAAAUUUUAGCAAACUUCUGAAUGACAACAUCUUUCAUAUGUCUUUAUUGGCGUGUGCUCUUGAAGUUGUAAUGGCUACCUAUAGCAGAAGUACAUCUCAGAAUCUUGAUUCUGGAACAGAUUUGUCCUUCCCAUGGAUUCUGAAUGUACUUAAUUUAAAAGCCUUUGAUUUUUACAAAGUGAUUGAAAGUUUUAUCAAAGCAGAAGCCAACUUGACAAGAGAAAUGAUAAAACAUUUAGAACGAUGUGAACAUCGAAUCAUGGAAUCCCUUGCAUGGCUCUCAGACUCACCUUUAUUUGAUCUUAUUAAACAAUCCAAGGACCGAGAGGGACCAGCUGAUCACCUUGAAUCUGCUUGUUCUCUCAACCUUCCUUUCCAGAAUAAUCACACUGCAGCAGAUAUGUAUCUUUCACCUGUAAGAUCCCCAAAGAAAAAAGGUUCAACUACACGUGUAAAUUCUACUGCAAAUGCAGAGACACAAGCAAACUCAGCCUUCCAGACUCAGAAGCCAUUGAAAUCUACCUCCCUUUCACUCUUUUACAAAAAAGUGUACCGGCUAGCAUAUCUCCGACUAAAUACCCUAUGUGCACGCCUUCUGUCUGAUCACCCAGAACUAGAACACAUCAUCUGGACCCUUUUCCAGCAUACAUUGCAAAAUGAGUAUGAACUCAUGAGAGAUAGGCAUUUGGAUCAAAUUAUGAUGUGUUCUAUGUAUGGCAUAUGCAAAGUGAAGAAUAUAGACCUUAAAUUCAAAAUCAUUGUAACAGCAUACAAGGAUCUUCCUCAUGCUGUUCAAGAGACAUUCAAACGUGUUUUGAUCAGAGAAGAGGAGUAUGAUUCCAUUAUAGUAUUCUAUAAUUCAGUUUUCAUGCAGAGACUGAAAACAAAUAUUUUGCAGUAUGCUUCCACAAGGCCUCCUACCUUGUCACCAAUACCUCACAUUCCUCGAAGCCCUUACAAGUUUUCUAGUUCACCCUUACGGAUUCCUGGGGGGAACAUCUAUAUAUCACCCCUGAAGAGUCCAUAUAAAAUUUCAGAAGGUCUGCCAACACCAACAAAAAUGACUCCAAGAUCAAGAAUCUUAGUGUCAAUUGGUGAAUCAUUUGGGACUUCUGAGAAGUUCCAGAAAAUAAAUCAGAUGGUGUGUAACAGUGACCGUGUGCUCAAAAGAAGUGCUGAAGGAAGCAACCCUCCUAAACCACUGAAAAAACUACGCUUUGACAUUGAAGGAUCAGAUGAAACUGAUGGAAGUAAACAUCUCCCAGGGGAGUCCAAAUUUCAGCAGAAACUGGCCGAAAUGACAUCUACUCGAACACGAAUGCAAAAACAGAAAAUGAAUGAUAGCAUGGAUACCUCAAACAAGGAAGAACAGUGAGGAUCUCAGGACUUUGGUGGACACUGUGUAUACCAUGUAUGCCUCUGGCUUCAUUAUCUCUCAGAGAUGUGACUGUAUAACUCUCCCAAGUUCUGUUUACAGCCACAUUAAUAUCUCUUUUUUGUAGAUAUAAAAUGUGCAGAUACAAGUUGAAUAUUUGUGUGGGUGAUUCCUAAGCCACUUUCAAUGUUAUAUUCAAUGGUAUAUGCAUUGUUAUUAUACAAGAUUGAAAAUCUUGUGUAAUCCUGCCAUUAAAAAGGUAUAGCAGAUCAUCACAUUUCCAAAGUAAAAUUGCUCUGCUUUAUGAAUGAAUUGAGGCUGCCUCUGGAGUGGGAGUACUAAUAACCCAUGCCUGUCUGACUACUUUGUCUUCCCUUGUAGCAUAUGUGUGAUGUUUGCUCUUGGUUUUAUUAAUUUAUAUGUAUAUUUUUUUAAUUUAAAAAUAUGAACACCCUUAGAAAAUGUGUCCUGUCUUCCAAAUGCAAUUUGACUGACUGUCCAUUCACCCAAAUUAUCUUAAACUCUUCUGCUAAAACAGAUUAUUAUUAGAAACUAGGAAAAAAUUAAUUUUACACAUUUGAUUUGAUUUUAGUAUUGGAAUCUGAUGUAUUAUGUGCUUUUUUACAAAUUUUCUUUUACAUACAAGCAAAAAACAAAGUACAAACAUGAUACUGUCAUACUACUGACACAGAUUUCAUACCUCAGAACUUAUAAUAAUUUCUUUUCUUUAUCCAAACUCAUGGUUUAAAAUGCAUAUUAUUGUAAUACUCUUGGUUUGGGGUUUUUGUUUUUGUUUUUUACCAUUCAUAUCACUGAAUUUUUUAAGUACCUAUCUGGUACUUGAAAAAGUAAAGUGUCCAGUCAGAGCUUUGCUGAGGAGGACUCUAAUACAGUAUAUCCCAAGUGCACUUUCUAAUGUUCCUGGGUCCUAAAAAAAUCAAGAUACAAAUUAAUUUUAUUCCAUAGCAAGUCUGUUAACUAUAGAAGCCUUGAGGGUUUUUUUUUAGUUUCCCUUAGGGAUUUGUUUAAUUGCAUCUCAAUAAUUAUUCUGCCCUCCUAAAUUUGGGAAGGUUUGUGUUUUCUCUGGGAUGGUACAUGUCUUCCAUGUAUCUUUUGAACUGGCAAUUAUUUAUCUUUUAUUUUAAGUCAGUAUGGUCUAACACUGGCACAUUAAAAGCCACAUUAUCUCUAGUCCAACAUUGCAAGUAAUCAAAGGUCUUGUAAGUUAGGCAUUAAUUUUUCUGAUUUUAUGCAAAAGCUUCAAAUUAAAAUAGCUGCAUUAGAAAAAAGUGCUAUCCCCCUUCCCCUACACCUAAAGGUGUGUUUAAACCGUCUUGUGUGAUUAACUUAUUUAGAGAUGGUAUAUAUAAAAUAGGUGGUAUUUAAGAUAGCAUCAGCUAGCAUUUAGAAAAAUCAUUUUGUCUAAACUCAGAGUUCUUUUUAAAAAGAAAUCUGGUCUUAUUUCUUAGAAAACAAAAUUUUCUGUUUAAACAUCAAACUUACUAUUUUGACAGUUAUCUUGAUAACAGGCACUAGAAAGCUUUACCCCAUUUCUUUUUUUCUUUUUUUUUUUUUGCAUGAAUAGCAUACAAUUCAGUUAGUUUUUAUGUCAAGGGCUUACCAUAUUUCUGAGUCUUUUGCUCAUAAAUUUACAUUAGAAUUAGUGACAGAAUUUUAGGAAUUUCAGAGAUCGUGUAUUGAGAUUCUUAAGACUUCAGAUGUUGCUUUAUUGCUUUUUUUGUACUGGUUAAAACUGUACAUUUAAAAUUGCUAUGUCACUAUUUUCUAAAACUAAUAGUUUGUCUAUUUUAAAAUAAAUUAGUUGUUAAGAGUCUUAGUGGUUUGAUGCUGUGGUCUUUUUAUUAGGUAUAGCAGUGUUCCCUUUGGUAUGUAAACUGUCUUCUACUAUCUCAUCCGAUGAAUUCAGUAUUUAGUGGACCCUUUCUGCUGCUGAUUCCCAAAUUUGUUUCUCCAGCCCUGACCUGUUCACAGAAAUUAAACCUAUCAUAGCCAAUCAAACUCUCAAUUCCUACCCCACUCCAAUUUCUCACAAUUUAAGUCAAAAUCAACAACAAUAUCUUGUUUCUACUCUAGUCUUUCCCCAUUUUUACUAAACACUUAUCAAGCAAAAAACUUAAGAGUCACCUAUUAAUUCCUGUCUGGAUCACUAUUUAUUCAUUCAUUGUUAAAAAUCUAUAAAGCUGAAAACCAAGUGGUCCUGUGUGUUUGGAACUAAAAAUCAUAUGAAACCAGAAUCUUAUCUAAAUUGCCAUAGUCUUUAACCCACUUACUAGAAAUAUUCAUCUUUCUCUCAGAAAUAUUUAAUGUUUGAUUAUCAUGAGCUAAGGCCCUAUACAGUCUUAUAUAUCAUGUGGUAUGUGUCAUUUUAUUAUUAUUCUUAACUCCAAAAAUAUAUAUAUAAUGCAACUAGCACACAGGUUUAUUUUUAGUUUAUACAAUUUCUCAGAAGUGGGUGGAAAAUGCAGUGCUUUCCUUCUGGAACAGCGAAUUUAUUCCUGAAGGAAGAAAGGCAAAUAAAGAGGCUAGAGCAGGACAAGCAGCAGGUGAAUCUCAAGAGGCUGUACUCAUAUUGCAUGAGGAUCUUAAAUGAAAUGUUGUGUUAGGUCAAGUCAAAAAUCAAGCAGCCUUAACAACACUAAGCAUUUUUGUCUUGGUGAUGGAAAAUUAAUCACUCCUGAUAAUUUAGCAUUCUAAUUAUUUAAACAUUCAUUAUAAUAAAAGGAACAAGUUCAAAUUCAUGUAUUUUACUUUUCAUUACAGUUUUCUGGCACAAAUGGUGGAGGGGAAGAUCCUGCCUUCUAUUAUUAUCUGGAUGAUCGCAUAGAACUUGCUUUUAAAGGCAUAUUUUUGUUCCUCAUUUUGGGACCAAUGUAUUGUACAUAUCAAGUUAAAUAUUCAGUAGAAAUUCCCUCUGGACUAAAUUGGUAUUUUUAAAAAAUAUUUAUUUUUUAAUUGUAAAUGGACACAUAUCUUUAUUUAUUUUUAUGUGGUGCUGAGGAUCGAACCUAGGGCCUCGAAUGUGCGAAGCGAGUGCUCUACCGCUGAGCCAUAACCCCAGCCCCUAAAUUGGUAUCUUAUAGAAAACUUUGCCACACCACAAGGCCAGGUGUGGUGGCACACACUUAUAAUCCCAGCUACUAGGGCUAAGGCAGGAAGAUCACAAGUUGAGGCCAGCCUCAGCAAAUUAGUGAGACCCUGUCUCAAAAAUAAAAAGGGCUAGUGUGAUGUAGCUCUGUGGUACAGGUCUUCUGGGUUCUAUCCCCAGUACCAUUACCAAAAAAAGAAAAUAGUCUACCACAGAUAAAGUUUCUUAAAUGGAGACAUUAUGGUGCCAUAGUUUGUAUGUCAAAUAUAUGGCAAAGGCCACAUGUUAAAGGGUUGGUUCCCAGGGUGGCACUGUUAGGAGGUGGUAGCAGAAUUUUUGAGGGCUGGAUCAUAAUGGGAGGUUCUAAGGUCACUGGGGGCAUGCCCUCCAAUAAAUUAUGGGAUACCAUGCUUCCUGUCUCUUUAUGUUUCCUGGCUCGUGAUAUAAACAAUUUGCUCCACUAUGUACUCUUGCCAAGAUGUGCUGCCCUCACCGGAGCCCCAAAGUCAUGGGGCCACCUGAUCUUAAGCUGGAAUUCCAGAACCGAGAGCCAAAAUAAACCUUUUUCCCUUUAUAAGUGAAUCAUCUUAAGUAUUUCAUUAUAGUAACACAAUACUGACUAAUACAUAUGGUAACACUAUGUAAUGUGUAAAUGAGAUAAAAACAAACUCUUUUAAUAUGCAGCUGAGAGAGUCAUCUGUUCUCAUAAACUCUUCUGUUCAUUGUUUUGAGGCUGUACUUACAUAUUAGAAUUGACAUGUAACACUGAUAAUUUAUUUCAACGUUUCCUGUGAUAAUUUUUCAAAAAAUAUAUUUUUAGUUGUCAAUGGACGUUUAUUUAUUUAUAAGCAGUGCUAAGAAUCAAACCCAAUGCCUCACACAUGCUAGUCAAGGGCUCUACUACUGAGCUAUACAACCUCAGCCCCUCUAUGUGGUUUAAUAUGAAAGAUUAAAUGUAUUGUACAGAUCAAUAUCAGUUACUUCCUAAAUAGAAAAUGUUAUGAUUUUUAUUUAGUUAAAGUUACUGAAAAAAAUCUAAGUUUUAUAUUUCAAUGUUUGGGUAAAGACUGAAUAUAAAAAUAACAGUAAAAUAUGAUUUUUCCUUUUUCUUCACAGUUUGCUCAACCUAUUUGCUAUGAAAAUGGAGGAGGGGGCUAAUAAAGAAGGCGAGGUUACAUAGUUUAUGGUUGCUUCUUUUCAUUCUCACUGGUUAAGAAUUCUGCCUCUAAAUAAAACUCUACAUGUUAUGGUCCAUUUAUAGUAGCUGUACACUAAAGAAGAUAUUUAAUAUUCUUAACCUUUGCUUUUUAAAAUGAAUUAAAUGGCGUCUUAAAAAAUGUCUAUCAGCAAGUGAGGAUACUACUUCAUUCCUACAGAAUCUUGAUUUUUCUCUGUACAUCAGGAUAAAACUAUAUUGGAAACAUUAAGACAUUGAACUUUUCUGUGGAAGUAAGAGAUGAAACAAAACUUCAGGCUAGAAAAACUUAAACCUGUAUAAAAGAAAAGAUUCAUUCAUUUCUGAUGCAGAGUCAUUUUGAAAAUCUACCUGUGUGUCACUUAUCACUAAUAAACAGAAUAUUCUGAG